GCUCGUCUGAAACGAGCCUGCACUAAUUUUGACCCGUUUGGCUCUCGAUAGUUUGAAGGAGUCAGACCGGAAGUUAUUGUUACUUCCGUUAUUGGCGGCAACACUGCCGGCGGAACGGAAGACGUGCGUAGAUUCAACGAAUUAAUGAACAGCCGUGCAGCUGUUCUCCGACCCUUUCCAGUUUGAGUCUAGACAUAAAUCCAUACAGUUGUGCAUCAUGUCAAAUCAUGGCACAGCUUCACAAAAACAAACCAAAAGCCAGAACACACCACGGCGUUGUUCCAGCUCCACCAGCCUCGAUGAAGAAGUCAAGAUAGCAGUGAACCUCUCUCUGGAGAGGUUCCGAUACAGUGACCAAAAAGAAAUGGAAUUUCCCUCCUCCUUGUCCAGUACUGAGAGGGCUUUCAUUCAUCGUAUGGCCCAAUCCCUUGGUUACAUUUCGAAGAGCAAAGGGAAAGGACCAACUCGCUUCCUCACCCUCAGGAAGAAGGAUGGAUCAGAAAAACCUCGGCCUGCAAUGCCCCUCACUCUCUUCCACAAUUCAUUAUAUUUCAUCCGCAGUCUGCUUCAGAGGUUUCCCGUCAGCAAUAGGGAACGCAUAGACCUACAGCCGAACAAUAAGAGUGGCAAGUCUAUGGCUCCAGAGCCUGACAACAGUUGUGAUAGGAAUAGGACAAGUGGGCGCUUAAACAACGGCAUACCCAUGGUACCUCGGAGGAGGAAUCCAUCAGAACUGGACAGCUUUCGACGCUCCCUGCCUGUGCAUGAACGCCAGGGGGAAAUUGUCCAGCUCAUCAGAGAAAACAGGGUGGUGCUGGUGGUGGGAGAGACUGGCUCUGGAAAAACUACACAGAUCCCACAGUUCCUGUUGGAUGAAUGCAGUAGGAAUGAUGAGCCUUGCAGAAUUUUCUGCACUCAGCCCAGACGUCUGGCUGCCAUUGCUGUGGCUGAGAGAGUGGCAACUGAGAGAGGAGAGAGUGUGGGCCAGACUGUCGGCUAUCACAUCAGACUAGAGAGCAGGGUCUCCCCCAAGACACUGCUAACCUUUUGCACCAGUGGAGUGUUCCUCAGAACAUUGAUGGCUGGAGAUGCCAGCCUGACAACUGUCACACAUGUCAUUGUGGACGAGGUGCAUGAGCGUGAUGGUCUGACUGAUUUCCUGCUCACUAAAAUGCAGGAUGUUCUUCAGAAGAUCCCAACAUUAAAACUUAUUCUCUCCAGUGCUGCUCUGGAUGUAGAUCUGUUCCUGAAGUAUUUUGGCUCCUGCCCUGUGAUCAAUCUCAAAGGAAGACAGUUUGAAGUGACGGAAUUCUUUCUGGAGGAUAUUCUGAAGCUGACGGGCUUCAACCAUAAGGACAUGAGGAAAUACAAGGAGGAGACACACAGAAAGGAAAAGAAGCAGAAACGUUUGACGGAGUGGUGUAAGGCUGUGGAGAAGAGUUGUUUUGUUGAGGAACAGAUGACCGCAUUGUCUGCCACAGGCUUCCACCAGGAAAGUAACUCCCUGGAAAGAGAAGACGGCACCUUCAACAAAACCAAUGAGAAUGGCACAGAACAAUUGGAGCAGUGGCUGAUGAAAGAAAUGGACUCCUGCAUUUCUAACGUUUUCCUCAAUGAAGACCAGGAUGCUUUCACUCAGCUCUUCAACCUCAUCCUUUAUGAAAGGGUUAACGUGGACUACAGGCACAGUGAGACUGGGUCCACACCUCUGAUGGUGGCAGCAGGACGGGGGUUCCUCACACAGAUGGAGCAACUGCUCAACAUGGGGGCCAACAUCAACAUGAAGGCAUCCAAUGGAUGGACAGCUUUAGACUUUGCCAAACACUUUCAGCAAACAGAGGCUGUGGAUCUACUCAAAUCCUCCAUUCCUUUGGGGGAGGUGAGCAGCCUGGAUGAGUCCACUCUGCUGCAGUGUGGCAGUGCAGAGCUAAGCACUGAAGACCAGGAGCUACUCAAACUCUACCACCACGGCUUUGAUGAUGAGUUGGUGGACCUGGACCUCAUCAUGGCGCUGCUGCAUAAUAUCUGCUCCACCAGUAGUGAUGGGGCUGUCCUGAUUUUUCUUCCUGGAUAUGAUGAGAUAGUGACACUCAGGGACCGCAUCCUGUAUGACGAUAAAAGAUUUUCCACCCAGUCUGAGAGGUACCGGGUGUUCACUCUACAUUCAGAUAUGCAGACACGGGAUCAGAAGAAAGCCAUGGACACCUCUCCACCUCGUGUCAGGAAGAUAAUUCUUUCUACUAACAUCGCAGAGACAAGCAUCACUAUCAACGAUGUUGUCUUCGUCAUUGAUUCAGGAAAGGUCAAGGAGAAAUCCUUUGAUACUCUCAGUCAUGUAUCCAUGUUGAAGACAGUUUGGAUUUCCAAAGCCAGCGCUCUACAAAGGAAGGGAAGAGCGGGACGAUGCAGACCAGGGAUUUGUUUCCACCUUUUCAGUCGACUCAGGCACAGUAACAUGCUGGAAUUCCAGGUUCCACAGCUGCUGCGCAUGCCACUGCAGGAGCUGUGUCUACAGACCAAACUACUGGCUCCUUCCUCCUGUCCAGUAGCAGAGUUCUUGUCCAAGGCUCCACAACCUCCUUCAGCACAUGCUAUCAAGAAUGCUGUGCAGAUGCUAAAGACAAUAGAUGCUAUGGACCAGUACGAAGACCUGACUGAUCUGGGCUACCACCUGGCUGAUCUGCCUGUGGAACCCCACCUAGGCAAGAUGGUGAUGUGUGCUGUGGUACUCAAGUGUCUGGACCCCAUUCUAACCAUUGCCUGUACAUUGGCCUAUCGUGACCCCUUCAUCCUUCCCGCCCAGGGCUCUCAAAAAAAAGCUGCUCUUGACUGCCGCAAAAGUUUCACUUCCAGCUCCCUCAGUGACCACAUGGCCUUGCUGAGAGCCUUCCAGGCAUGGCAGAAAGCCCGUAGUGAGGGCUGGGAGAGAGCCUUCUGUGAGAAAAACUUCCUGUCCCAGGCCACCAUGGACAUGAUACUUGGCAUGAGGACGCAGCUGCUGGGACAACUCCGCGCUAUUGGUUUCGUCCGUGCCCGUGGGGGCAGUGAUAUCCGCGAUGUCAAUCUGAACUCUGAGAAUUGGGCCGUGGUAAAGGCAGCCCUAGUGGCAGGCAUGUAUCCAAACCUGGUCAAUGUCAAUCAGGAGACCUCCCUGCUUUCCAGUAACAGGGAGAAGAAAGUCCACUUUCACCCCACAUCGGUCCUGAGCCAGUCCAAGUUUAUGGAGAACCGCAAAGCCAAAUUGGCCCACGCCUAUCCCACAGACUGGUUGAUCUAUGAUGAGAUGAGCCGAGGCCACAGGAUAGCCAGUGUCCGCUGUUGCUCCAUGGUGACACCCAUCACUGUAGCCAUAUUUGGAGGUUGUGCCAAAAUUCCCAGCUCAGCCCUACAGGAACCUGCUCUACAGAAAGUUACAGAUAGUCCACUAGAUGACAUCAGUGACAGUGAGACAGAGGACCUUGCUGGGUUGAAGAUAGAUGACUGGCUCAUUUUCCAAAUGGAAAGAGAAACUGCAGGGCUGGUGUUUGAACUCAGGCAGAAGUGGCAAAGUUUGUUCAUCAAGAGGAUCCGCUGCCCUUCCAAGCCAUGGUCUCAGCAAGAAGAGGCUGUCAUUCGCACUCUGGUUUCUGUGCUCACAGCAGAGGAGCAAGCGGCAGGCCUGCAGCAGCCCACAGGGAUUGGCCAGCGGCCCCGGCCCAUGUCAUCAGAGGAGGGACCUCAUGAUUCUGUGAAGAACUCCAAGAACAGUCCUCAACUACCCACAAACACAAUGAAUGACAAAGCCUGUAGAACACCAGCAGCCUCAGGUCGGCUUCAGAUGAAAGCCCAUAACAAAGAUGAGGCCUCACUGCCCAUAAAUCAGCUCUCUGAUGAGCCUCACUUCUACAGUAAUUUUUCCUGCUCUGUGACUGCGGACAGCCCCUCUGAAAGCCCUGGUCCCUCCUCCUCUGGAAAGCAGAUCUCAAAGCCAGUGUCUCAUUUUGGCUCUUCAUCAGUGCAGUAUUUCAUCAUGAAGAGCAGCAACAUCAGGAACAUUGAAAUUUCUCAGCAGAAAGGUAUCUGGUCCACUACACCAAGCAAUGAGGCAAAACUCACCAAAGCCCUACUGGAGAAUAACCUCAUCAUCCUCAUCUUUUCUGUUCAGGGCUCUGGACACUUCCAGGGCUAUGCUCGAAUGACAUCAGUCAUCACGCAGGAGAGCUGCCAGGACUGGGACUUUAUGGGACUAGGAGGGGUUUUCAGUGUGAAGUGGAUCCACAAGGAGAGUCUUCCUUUUCACUGUACCCAACACAUCCUCAACCCAUGGAAUGACAACAAGAAGGUCCAAAUCAGCAGGGAUGGACAGGAGUUAGAGCCCCAAGCAGGCAACCAGCUACUGAUGCUUUGGGAGGGAAACUCUGAGAGUCAAGUUCAAUAAGAGAUGGCAGCACAUCACUUCCCUGCACAACACUCCUGCCACUUCUGCCUCAAACUACACUUGUUUACUGUAUAUUAAUAGAACCAUUUGCUUUUCUAUCAGGUAGGAAAGAGAUGUUUAAAAUAUUGCAUGUAUUAUUUCUACUUUGCCUUAAAUAGCACUAUAACACUGCACUACCAGUUAAGGGGAGAUGGCUGGGCUAUGGAAGAUUGACUGACUGAUUUAUUUGAAAGCCAAAUUUCAACUAUUUUCCUCUCCUGUUUCUUGUCUGUUUAAAAACAAGCUCCAUUCAGGAUUUACUUUAUGUUCGCAUCGGUACUUGUGUUAUUAUAAAACAGUAUGUUUGAAUAUCAAUGGAUGUUCAACAGGAGUUUAAAUAAAUUUGAUUAAACAUGUUUGUAUCACAAAUUUUAGGAUUUGAUUUCACAGUUCAUUCAAAUUGUUGAUUACCCCUCAGAUUGUUUUAAUGAUGUCCAAUUAGUUUUUUUGUUUCAUAUUUACAGUACACAAACACUUAAACUUCUGAGACUGUGUUUUUCAGAAUUAUAUGAUGUUUAUAAAGUUCUAAUGUUGAAGCUUUGCUCGUAUGAUGUUUUAGUGCCUUGGGCUCUACUGGGCAUCAUCAGGGACUAUUUAUGGAACUCAUUUAAACAUAUUUGUUAGUUUUUUGUUUCGUCCAUGUAGACAGAAAACAAAAUGUUGUCAGUAUUUGAACCUUGAAAAUUAAACAUUAAUUUUAACUGCUGUAUGAGGAGAUGUUAAAAAUGUUUACUAUUGAGUUAAGGCAUCUGAAUGAUUGUAUUAAUGGGAUCACAAGAAUAAAGAGUGAUGUCAUGUUUCA